AUGGAUGAGGAGGAGCUGGAGUUAAAGAGACGGUUGAUGGAGGCAAAAGUAGAGGAGUUGGCAAGACGGAAGCGGCUGCGAAAGAAUGAAAACGAACUCAGCGGAACUAAAAGGCAGGUUAAGAAAAACUGCGCAAUUUACAUUUCCAACUUACCUUUGGAGGGAAUGGACAAGGAGAAGUUGGUAUCUGAGUUUGGCAGGUUUGGAAUAAUCAGAAAGGAUCCUGCUAACAACGAACCAAAAUGUAAAAUGUAUAAAGAUGACAAUGGCAAUUUUAAAGGGGAUGCAUUGAUUCUAUAUCUAAAACCAGAGAGUGUCGAGAUAGCCGUACAGCUGAUGGAUGGUGUUGCACUCGAAGGAAGCAAAUUGAAGGUGGAGGAGGCUGUCUUCACACCAGCAACAGGAAAAACAGAGAAAAAUGAAGAAGGCCUAGCUAAGCUAAAGAGAUCGAAUGCCCUUAAGAUAAAGGAACAAGAGCAUGAGCUGAAUGAUUGGAGUGACGCAGAUAGCCUUUCGGAGAAUUCGGACAACUCAUCUAUGACACCUAGUAGAAACUCGCUAGCGGAGGAGGCCAGUACCCGAAUUGUGGUCUUAACGAACGUACUAGACUUAUAUGAAAGCUUGCGUCGACAAGAAUUGUUAGAAAUUGAAUCCGAUUUGAAAGCAGGGUGUAGUGCAGUCGGAGAACUACUUGACUUCGAGUUAGAUGAGGUUUUAGGGCAAGUUAGAGCUGAGUAUGCCACCGAAGAAUCCGCGCAACAAUGCUGCAAGACUAUGGAUGGACGGUACUUCGAUGGGAGAAAGCUUAAUGCGUAUAUUUUAAGUGAGGAGUCUAAAGAAGACACCGCAGAUGUUUAA